CUUAGACGUCAAUCAUAAACCAAUGUCAAAAUUGAUAAUGACUUCAGUUUUGUACGCAACAAAACAAAACAAAACAUCAUUAUUAUUUUAGACAUGGAUUAUAUAGUUAAGGAAUUAGGUAUAAGUAAUAAGAAUAUAUUCCCCGCUGCCUCACCUGGCCUUUACUCCGUCGUCGUCCACACGAGCUGGCUGAAGAAAUGGAUAAAGAACCUCGAAAUAGAUACCUCGCUAAACAAUGUAGAUUUUACCUUGCAACCUGGUGAAAGUGUACCUUAUCCGUGGCGAAAAAUAUUUAUGAGGGUGUUGAGUAAAAAAGUAUCCAAGGUUCUUCCUCUGCCUCGAUACAAACUCAACGAGAACACGAACGAUACUCCCCUCACAUUCUCUCAACUGCUUCAAUAUGUCUCACAAAGUAACCAAAGAACAUUAUGGAAAGAAUCUUAUAAGAAGUACUGUCAGAAUAAUGAAGGCAGCAAGGAAAGUACCAUAGUGAAUCUAUUGGAGCAUGACCAGCUCAUGUCCGAGGUCGUGCUGCGCUUGUACGGAUGUAAUAUAAUUAGAGUUAAGUGUGAUGCAACUGGCAAGCAUAUAGAGUACAAAGAGAUUAUACCUAAUAAGCAUGUCCUAAAAAUGUAUGAAACUCAUGGCAACCUACUAGCAGCUAUGUUUACUAUAGAAACAGACAAUAACUUCUUCAUAGUGUACAGAGGUCAAUAUGAUAAUACUCUUCUAGAUUGUUUGAAUUUCAGCCCUAAUUUAAUAGACAUGAAUUACAGCCGAGGUUUGUUUAUUGUGUACCAGUUGUUGAAUUUAUCAAAGGCUAUGAGCGACAGAGGAUUAAGUAUAGGCAUGCUUACUCUUGAAGAUAUUUAUUUGUCUGAGAACUUGUGGAUCCAAGUGGUGCCUAUGAUAACAAACAAUAUACAUUGUUUGGAUGCCUCUUUGAUUAUUGAGCAUAAUAGAAGUAAGCAGACUACUCCUGCAAUCAGUCAAGGACCACCUAGUAAAAAGGGGGAGGAGUGGUGUUGGAGAAAAGAGGCAGUCCAGUUAGAAAAGCUGUGUAUGCUUUGGGUGAGAGGCCGGAUAUCCAACCUGGACUAUCUUCUACACCUGAAUAUGUUGGCUGGAAGAUCUGCCAAUGAUCCCCAGGCUCAUUUUAUGGUUCCAUGGGUGACUGAUUUCUCAUCUAGAUGUGGCAGGAACUGGCGCGAUCUCAGCAAGUCCAAGUACCGCCUGAACAAGGGCGACAGACAGCUCGACAUGACAUAUGACGUCAGCAGCUGCACCGAUCAGAUACCGCAUCACGUUUCCGACGCCCUCUCCGAUAUUACGUGCUACGUCUAUUUAGCGCGCAGAACACCAAAAGAGGUCCUAUGUAAAUACGUGAGGAACAAAUGGGUGCCAGCUGAGUACCCCGCGUCGGUGCAACGCAUGCAGGAGUGGACGCCCGACGAGUGCAUACCUGAGUUCUAUACUGACCCUACUGUUUUUAAGAGCAUUCAUGAAGAUUUGCCGGAUCUGGGUAUUCCAUCAUGGGCCACGUGUGUGGAAGACUUCAUAACGAAACACAGGGAAGCAUUGGAGAGCACACAUGUGUCGGAAAACCUUCACCAUUGGAUUGAUAUCACUUUUGGAUACAAGCUAUCAGGCCCAGCCUCCAUAAAGGCUAAGAACGUAUGCCUCUCACUGGUGGACGGGCACACGCGGCUGCGUCGCGGCGGCGCCGUGCAGCUGCUGUGUGCCCCCCACCCGCCCCGCGCCGCCCGCGCGCUGCCCCCCGCGCCGCCCCGCCUGCACUGGACUGCGGCUAAGGAUGCUAAAAAAGCCCUAAGAAACGACAGUUCAGACGACAUUUCGGAUGACGAAGAGGAAUCUACCAGCUUACCUCAGCACGUUUCCCGCUUAAACGUACCUCCCCAACGCGUCAGAUCUCGACACAAGAGCAGCAGUCGAGCUCGAUCCCUAUCCAAGAGUCAAGGUCUUGAAGACUCCCAUACAGUCUCCGAAGGUCGAGCUUCCUCCCACUCCCGUCACUACAGGGUCCAAAGAUCAGAACUAGGAAAAGGGGUCAUAUACCUCCCGAAAGAAUUCAACCCAGUAGCCUCUAUUCAGGCCAUAGAAUCCCUCGACAAUUUUCGAACAAAAUGCUUCUUCACCAAAGCUGAUGAUAAAGAGAAACAUAGAGAAAAUGUUACUACCUUAAAUCUUUACCCAGUACAGCAGGAUAUGAGGCAAGAUAGUACCACAUCCACUAAAGAAGGGUCUGAUGAUACGGCGUUUACGAAUCACAUGUUCUUAGCGUCCUACGAUCAAAGUUAUUUGAAGAAAUUCACACAAGAUGCUCACUUAGAAAGUGUUCUCAAAGAAAGAAAGAAUAGAACUUUCAAUACUAGGUACACGACAGAUGCGGCGAUUUACAAGCAAUUUGUGACGGAAAGUCGGCGGCAAGACAUGCUGGUCAUAGGGUGUUUGAUCGUAGAAAUAUUUCUUCACACAUACAUGAGACCGCUUAGAACGCCCACCGAUAACUUUUUAGAACGAUACAAUAACUGCCGGACUGUGUUAAAACAUAACUUCAAUGCGUUACCAAGAAGUGUUAGUUACGUGGCCUCAUUACUUCUCAAUGUUCAACCUCCUUGCUUAUCUUACAAGAAUGAGUUAACGCCCAAAAAGGAGGAACCGUUAAAGAAGAUUCUAGUUACCGAUAAAGGGUUGCCAGCACCCACUCCGGCGCAACUACUACAACCGUUAUUGAUGCAACACUUAAUACCAUUCCCUCAAAGCUUUAAUAUUUUAUACAAGUUAUUAAAUACACUGCAUGAAUAUGAUCUCACGAGCACUGAACUAAAUAUAUUAUACAUGUAUGAAUGUGACGGUGUUCAAUGUGAAAAGUACCAAAAUGUAGAUAAAACAAAAUUAUACUUUAAUCAGAAAAUCGCUGAAGGGAAAGUUCAGGCUUGUGCCACACACCUAGACGUUCUACUAAACCAAGUGAAUUGCUACAAUCAGUUCGAUGUGCUAGAUAUAUUCCUAUCUCAUUACGUAGAAUUACUACAGAAUAAGGACACAUCAGUAUUAGCCGCGUGGUACUUAUUUGACACUGUGAGCAAAGCCUUAGGUCCCGCAGAGACGAGGAAAAAGCUGCUUAAACAUAUUCUGAAUUUGUACGAAGAUGAUGAUUUUGCUGUCGAUAAACCUGAUCAGCAUAAGUUGACAGAUGUGGAUAGUUUAACUCUAGCUGGGGGUGUAUCAAAUAAGCAGAAGUUCGUGAAACUCUAUCACAAUAUAUUCCUUCUUCAAUUGAUGGUGAGAUUAGGUCUUCAGUGCUUCUUAGACAAUUUUACCCAACAUUUAGUUGAAGCAGUCGGUGGUUACAAAGAUGUGACGGAAGAAGUCGGGUCUCCUGGCCAUCUGUGCCACAAUAAAGCCUUGUCAAACAAAAAGCCUCGAUAUUCAGAUGAUAAUGUAAAGAAUGCUUUAUCGUCCAACACUGACAUAUUUUCACCAGACACUUCAUACGGAUCGGAACACGUCACCACUCCUAGUGUCGAAAAAACUGAGGCGAACGAAGGUUUGAAAGAGAAGGACAGCGAUAACAGAAGCGAAAAUGAAUUGUUUCACUUCGAAACUGAUAAGGAUAGGCUUCCUAGUAGAAGUAGCAGAAGCAAGUCUCCCGCUGAGUCUAUUGACUCUUACAACUCUAAUACUACGCAAGAGAAUAAUAUACAUACUCCAUCACCUUCGAUAGAUCAUGUUUCACCAAUAUCGGCGAAAUAUUUUACGCCGAACAACACAGCGCAAAAAGAACCUCAUGCUCUUAGCAAUAAAGAUCAAAAUCACGAAACUAUAACACCAGCUAACAAGCCUACAUCCCCCGUCAUAGAAAUUCCUACCAAACCGAUGUUCACGAGUUAUUUACACUUUGCCGAAGAAGACGAUUCUGAAGAAGUGGAGUUACGAAGAAAGUCUCAUGAUCCUCAAGUGAACUUGGACUUAGGGAGACAUGUGGAGAAUUCUAAAGCUUCUAGAAGUAUGAAUGAUGAUGAUUUUUCAGGUUUCAAAGACCCGAAUAGUUCUAAGAUUUCGGAUAUGAGCUCCGAGAGUUUGAUAUGGUUGGCUCAUAGAUUAGGCCCCGUACUUACUUGCAGGUAUAUUACGAGGAAUUUGCUGAAGAUGCUGACGUUGUGUUAUAUUGGGAAAGAUAACUUGGCGCCUUGGGAUAGUGAGGAGAAAGACGAGUUCGAUGAGAUAUCAAUAGUGAAUAGUAGAGUGGUGGGGGAUAGGAAUGCGAUGAAGGUCAUCAAGUGCCUCACUUCUAUUGUUGCAAUGUACGGCGAGCAGCUGAUAAUCUUCCAAUACCUCCCGCACAUGGGAGAGCUGAUCGCGUCGUGCCGCCGUCGCCUGUCCGCGCCGCUAGAGGGCGGCGUGGUCGCGUGUCUGCAGUUAGUCAAGUAUUUACUGCCGCAUAUGUCUGAUGUUAAACUUAUGGAGCAGUUGCAGGACACAUUCCUCAAAACUAUCCUGCAACCAGCUCUCCGCCUAGCCUCCACCACUCGUUGUUCGUACCCAAGUGGGGCAGCCGCAAGAUGUUCCCUCACUAGGAAACUGUUGGACGCCCUACAUGUGCUAGCAGUUAGGAUCGGGCCUGAGAUGACGAGGAGGCAUCUAUGUGUACCGGCUUUACAGAGAUUCUUCUUGGCGUUUGAUAAAGCGACUGGAAAGACCGAAAACUGGCCGAAACAAGAAGAAAGUACGCCUGAAAAGUCUUCGGAUCAAGAAUCGACAGACUCGAAGCCCGAAGGAUUCCUAGAGCUAUGUCGUGACGGCACGACGGCAGAGUGGCGCGUACAAGACGGACGAGUGGUUCGCGCAGACUUACCCGACCUCGCCUGUACCCCGCCCGAUGUGUCUGAACAUCCACAUGAUACUACUAGGUUAACGGCCCAAGAGGAACUGCUAAUGGUAUUCGACGAGGAGCUAGCGCACCGAGCAUACACCACGUUCGCCAAGUUCAUAGGAUCGGAGACCAUGGAGCGAUGCCUCAAGAACAUUGAUACUGUACGGGCAUUGUGCAGGAAAUAUGAACAUAGCCAUGCUGUUAGCUCUCCCUUCCAAAUUCGUCCCGACAAACGGGUCCAACCAUCUUUCAGCGACGAACCACUAAACCGAAAGACCGAUUACUCUACUACCAAGCCUGAGGUCAUUAUGGACCAUAUCUCCAGUUCCAACAGCUUUGGGUCCAAUGUGACCCUUGUGGGCAACAGGAUAGAUGUCGCUAGUGAUGCGUGUGACGUUGGGAAUGGGCCUCAGGGUCAUGGGUUCGAUGUCGUGGCGUAUAAGGCUGAUAAUGGCGUUAGGAGUAAUAGACACUUACGAGGCGACUGGCUAAUCUACUGGGAGCAUGAAAUCGGUCGAUCAGAUAAAGAAACCCGGUUCAACUUGAAACAGAUCAAGUUGCAGACAUUCGUGGGACACACGCACUCCGUCAAGAGUAUACACUGCCUGGAUAAUGAGAACAGUUUUAUGAGCGGGUCGAAAGAUAAAACUGUGAGGCUGUGGUCUUUGAGGAAUCAGGGCGACGGCAACGCGACCACACAAUGUAACUGGACCUACACAGGCCACAAGAAAGGCGUUCUAUCGCUCACGUUCCUAGAGUCGUUACGUCUGGCGGUGUCAACUGAUUCUGUCGUCCAUAUAUGGGAUCCCUUCAUGGAGAGUGUGGUUUCACAGUUGGACAACUUAAAGUCCCCAGUAAGCAUAGUGCGUACCCUGGCGGGCCCGUCGGCCGCGGUGCUGGCGGCCACCACGGACGCCACGCUGCGGGUCAUCGACGCUCGCUCGCCGCACACCUCGCAUGAACUCAAGUUACCAAUGAGCGCGACGACGUUCAUCCGCUGCAUGUGUGUGUGUUCAUCCGGCGGCUGGGCGGCGUGUGGGCUAGCGAGCGGACACGUAGCCGUCACCGACCUGCGGACUGGACUCACCAUCGCCACCUGGCGAGCUCAUGAUGGAGAGGUAUUGAGACUAGCAACAGUAGACGACCACAGGCUACUGAGCUCCGGAUUGGAUCAGGUCACUGCGCUCUGGAGGCCUGACGAUGGAGAACUCAUAGCUCAUCUCAAAGGCAGCACAGAACCCGUCCAUUGUCUCUCAGUGUACUACAAAGAGUUAAUAUCGGGCACCACAAACAAUCGCAUCGGAGUUCACACGUCACUAUCUCAAGACGCCAGCUUUUCCAGCACCAAGCUACGGUCUGACACGUUCAGAGGAGUUCUGACGUGUAUGGCUGUGUUACCACUUAAUAGGUUACUGCUACUGGCCAGUGAUAAUGGCACUAUCAGUCUGCUGUGCUGAGGUACAGUAUAUUUUCAGUAGCUAAACUUAAUUCCG